AUGCCAGAGGCUGCAAGUGGCCUGCUCUCAGGCUGGGGCUCGAAGGCACUGCCCCAUCCCAAGGACCCGAGGGAGGAUGCGUUUCUGGUAGCGGCCCAGCAGCAAGAGUCGGCCACCACCCAGAAGGCGGAGCGGGAGGUGUCCCGCAUGGUAGUGGUGAUGGUGGGCUCCUUCUGCAUCUGUUGGGUGCCCUAUGCGGCCAUGGCUAUGUACAUAGUGAACAACCGCAACCAUGGCCUCGACUUGCGCCUCGUCACCGUCCCUGCCUUCUUCUCCAAGAGCUCCUGUGUCUAUAACCCCAUCAUCUACGGCUUCAUGAACAAACAG